CCCUUUUGUCAAAAAAGAAAAGGGAACUCAUAAUUGGACCAUCACUCGCACUCAUUCUCCUUCCCGCGUUCAAUUCACCGGUCACCCCCUCACUCAUCCACCCUACACAACCACCGGAUCCACCGGUAACAAAAAUCUUUAAUUUCUUUCAGACACCCAAAAAUCAAAACUAUACAAAACGUCUUCACACUACGCAGCUCCACGCGCCAUCUCACGCGCUGCCACCAUUUAAAGAGAAGAGGGCAGAAAUUACUUCAAUUCCAUUUUCAAAUAUUUUUCCGUUUCUGAGCAAACAAAUUGAUGGAGCAGCCGCCGAGCAGUAAAGUAGAAAGCGCCGAUGAAAUGAAAUCAGUGUCGUUGGAGCCGGAUCUCAAAGAUCCGACCCCUAAUCCCGGACCCAAACCUAAACCCGACCCGAAUCCCGAAACCGGCGCAUUGAAGACCGCGGGAGUUAAUGCCGACAUCAGUACCAGUGGCAACACCACUGACACUGAUUUAAACGAGGAGAAGGGCGGUGGUGGUGCGGCGGAUGAGAAGAGCGUCGAAUCGACCGCCGAGGGUUUGAAAACGAAGAAAUCGGUGCGGUGGAGCCAGGAAUUGGUUAUGGAAUCGCCGGUUCCGAGGGACUCCGACCGCGGAUCCAGCAAUCCCUACGUUAAUUACUCGCCGGCGCCGCCGGAUAAUUCAUCGUCCUUCAAUUUCAAAGAAACUAUGGGUAGUGUGAAAGAUGUGCUGGGUAAAUGGGGGAAGAAGGUAGGAGAAGCUACUCGAAAGGCUGAGGAUCUUGCAGGGAAUACAUGGCAGCACUUGAAAACGAGCCCAAGUUUGGCAGAUGCUGCCCUAGGAAGAAUCGCGCAAGGAACAAAAGUUCUUGCCGAAGGUGGUUACGAAAAAAUAUUUCAGCAAACAUUCGAGACAGUUCCAGAAGAGAUGCUGAAAAAUUCAUUUGCAUGUUAUUUAUCCACGUCAGCUGGUCCAGUUAUGGGAGUGUUGUAUGUCUCUACUGCUAAACUUGCGUUUUGUAGUGAUAACCCUCUCUCGUACCAAGCUGGCGAUAAGACGGAAUGGAGUUAUUACAAGGUAGUUAUCCCAUUACAUCAACUAAAAGCGGUUAAUCCCUCAACAAGUAGGACAAAUUCAGCUGAAAAAUAUAUCCAGGUUAUAUCGGUUGAUAACCAUGAAUUUUGGUACAUGGGCUUUUUAAAUUAUACCGGAGCGGUAGAAUGCCUUCAGUAUGCUUUACAAUCUCGAGACGAACAGUCAUCAGUGUGAAAAGGUAUGUGUGGUGGAUCCCGUUUUUGGCCAACAAGAAAUCUGGAACUUUAAAUUUUCAACAUAUCUUAUUGAAUGUUUGCCCCUUUUAUUAAGGAUUUCAACUCGUGUUAUACAUUAAGAUUAUUACAUGUGAAAGAAUUUUUCGAUCGGACGUAGUACAGGUAACUAAGCUAUUAUUAUCAUCAAUGUCUUUUUUGCAUCUGUGUGCUAUUUUUAGCACAAGCUGCAUUGCAUUGUGUUGUGAUGAAUAUUGCCUUCGUCUUUUGUUUUUCGUAUUUUUUCAUUUCUGUUGAAUUUUAUACUUGUUUUGACUUUUUGACUAUAAACAAAUACAUGUGAAUAUGUGAUGGGUUCUCCUCA